CCAAGAUGAGGACAUCGAUCAUAGUGAUACCGAAUGUGAAGAUCUUCCUAAUAACACUUCAAAUUAUAGUGAUCCUAUUCAGGAGCUAUUUACUCGAGUUUUUGUAAAUGAUUCUUUGACCUGUGCCUCUCCAAUGGAAAAACUAUAUUACUCGGCAAAAAUUUAUCCCCUUGUCUGUUAUCUGUGUAGUAGUUCUAGCGUUUCUAAUAAUCCUAAAGAAAAGAUGGCGUCAAAAACUAUACGACCAACUUGUGAUAAAUGCACUGGAUUAGGUAGUUCAAAAAAGCGUUAUGGUUGGAAACCAAUUAGUGAUCGAGAAUCUAAAAAAUCCU